AUGAGGCGGAGCCGACGGAAUGCGUUGGCUCUUGGCAAAAAGGAAGACGGAAGUCCCGAGCCAGAGGCGCAAUCGGCAGUUGAAGAAGUUUUUGGAGUGGUUCCUUCGGCUGAUUCGGUGGUGUUAGAUAAUGUGGAGAGUGGUUCAGAAAGAUCUUUGGCUCAUUUGACAAAUGAACAGAUUACAGGUAACAUCAAAUGCUUAGAAGCUAAGCGAUCUUGUGGAAGAGUCCUUAAUAAUGGCAGUUGCAAAAAUAUUAGCGCGCGCAGGUUGACCAUAUGUGAAAAUGAAUGAAUGAAUGAACGAAUGAACAAAUGGACGAGUGAACGAGUGAACCAAUGAACCAACAAUGAACGAAUGAACGAACAAACGGACGGACGGACGGACGGACAGACGAAGAAAAGAAUGAAGCGUCACGCCGCUUUUGAAUCCCUUUCCGAUGGCCAAUACACUGAGUAUUGAGGCUUCUUUGCGCAAUUGCAUAAAUUGCGUUCACUGCGACGAUCAUUUCUUCAUUUUCAUCUUCAUUUUCACACUGAGUAUUGUUAUCAGCUCCGAUCAAUAGAUGAAACCAGACUGUACACUUAUUUAUACGAACAAGCAAUACAUGCACUAUUCUGGCAUAAAAUACUGCCUUGUAUUUCAUCACUUUCCAGCAUUUAGGGAGGUGUUCGACCUUUUCGACAGCAAUGGCGGAGGAACGAUCGACGCAGAAGAAUUGGACUUGGCUCUGAAAUCUGUUGACAUUCAGCUGUCACCAGAUGAUUUAGCAGAAGUGUUGGUGACAAUGGAUAAGGACGGUAAGGAACUUUGGUAAUGAUGAUGAUGAUGAUGAUGAUGAUGAUGAUGAUGAUGAUGAUGAUGAUGGUAUUGGCUGUGGUGAUGAUGACGAUGAUGGUAAGGAGGUACUAUGGAAGUGUUCAAAACCUGAAUAAGACGCUUUUGAUAGCAUUAAGGCUGCUAUCUGUUUAGAUUUUAUUUUACGUCACUGUGACGUCAAAAACCUGGUCGGGGGGGGGCUGUAUAACCUGAUCUUCACUUUAAAAGUCCUAAAUAAAAGCAGAGCGUUCAUUUUACGGAUAAAAUCAAACUAAUUGUUUAAGAUCGAACAAGAGGUCAAACUUAAUUGAACCAGUUUCGCCGGUCCUUGUGAUAAAGCUUGCCGGUCAGUAAAUCAAAUUUCCCCAUGGAGAACUAAGGACCUUGCGGAUUUUGUUAGAAGUCAUCAGAAAAAGAUAUCCUAACUACAUUCCCCUUCAUUAAUUUAUAAUCGUUAACUUUCACGGUGUGCGUACUUUAGUUAACUUUACUCUACUUACUGUUUACAGGAAAUGGUGAAAUUGACUUUCAAGAGUUUCUCAACUUGAUGACCAACACCGAACGCUUUUUAGAAGGAUUUGGUGAGCCUAUCAAAAGUAGUCGUAUUUUUCCUGAAAGUAUUUAUUCGUCGGACAUUUGGCUCUAGUUGAAACAACUGGUAAAACGAAUUUCCUUUUCUCCAAAAUAUACUUACAGAACUAUCUUGUACUGCAGUACAAUUAAAACCACAGAUAAGUACAUAGUACUUACUAAAUUUGUUUUAAUUAGCCACACCUCAGGAUUGACAACACAGACUAUAAGGUAUGAUAACCUUCUAACCACCUCUGAUGUAGGAAAGUACAGCUUACUAGCUUUCAUUUGAUAGUAACACUUUAGGAUUGUACUGAGAAUUAGAACCGCGUCUUUUACAGCAUAAUGGACAGUACCACAGGAAAGAAAGAAGCUUUCAUAAUACUCAGAGGAAAUCAACCACACUUGAGAAUCAUAAGUUGGAAACACGCCUUGUGCAGAAUGAAAGAAAGUACCACAGAAAAACCUGAAAACUAGGCAAUUCUAAUUUUUUUUAGUAAUACUUUUAUUGAUUUCAACAAAGAACGUUAAUAUUCAGAGGAAAACAACACUUAUUACGCAUUCUGAUCAACGUUUUAUUGCUUUCAAUCUUUCUGAAUGGCAGCCACGGGACAGGAAAAGAGAAAACGUGAAAAUCUGCUGUUUGACGCGCUGACACAGUUCAUGAAGAGAUCUGCUCUUCAUUCCAUUAAUGAGAUAGUAGGGUAAGCAUAUGGGCUAUGGGGGGCGCACCAUUUGCAACGAGGGGUCUCCUCUGCUUGGUGAAGAAACUAGGGAGUUAACGCAACGACGACGGCGACGGCUACGAAAACGUCACUUAAAAAGUGAAUUUGCGCUGCCUCAAACUUUAUCGCGCUUAUUCCAUCUCGUUUAAUUCGUCAAAUGUGGGCAAACUUUUUUGAAGUUGAAUUCUAAAGGACUCAGUGCAUCAAAGUUCAGGAAAAGAAAAAGAAAGUAGUUGUCUUUUGUUCCCGUCCUCGACAAAACGGGAAAUUAGGCACUUUCACGUUGUAGUUGUGCAACGACGGCAGAGAAAUGUACAAAAGAGUGUGAUGCACGUGCAAAGCUGUUGUUUUGCUGGUCUAAACCCAUUGCUUUUUUAGCCGUUCUCGUUGCCGUCGCGGUCGUCGUUGCGUUAACUCCCUGCUAUAGCUGUAGGACGCAAUUAAUUUCCGUGUUUGAUUUACCCCUCUGCCAAUGGUCAGGCUCGGUUUUAGAUCUGCCCGCGCCAUCGUGGGCAGAUCGCAUUAAUCUCCCUAAUCUCCCAAUAAGUCUCCGUAUGCUGAGCCACUGCACAUUGUUUUCGGCAAGGUGCGUGAUAAACAUUCACGUACAUCCAUAUUAAUAACCUCUAUUUCCUCUCAGUUUCUAUCACACAAAGUACAAGCGCAUCCAGGCGCCUCAUGUGGUUGGGCACUACGCAGCAGGGGCUCGCCUCAUAGGCCUGACAGAGAACCAGCUAAGAAAGCACAUGGAGAGCCUGAAGGCCAGGCACGCAGCUGAUGACAAUAAGUCCCCGUAUGCUGAGCCACUGCACAUUGUUUUUGGCAAGGUGCGUCUGUUGUGCUCAUGGGAAACUCGAUUUGCAAUGAUAAUUAAUACCCUGGGGAUUAUGCACAAAUGAACAUACAAUAAGUUACAUGUAUUUCACCCCAUCACUUUAAAUAGGCUCUUUGCACGACUUGAUCACGUGGUCAAAUUUUGGUGGACACGAAAACAGUUCACUUUUGAAAAAUUUCGUUAGCACAAGCUGAAAGAGCAUAUUAAAAAAAAGUAACCUGAGAAUUUUCAGCCGUAUAUCUCAAAACUAGCGAUUGCAACGGCCGCCGAAAGUUAGAGGCACUUGCAUGAGAAAAAAAAAUUUUGCCAUCCAGUCACGCUUGCAUGGUUUUCCAUACAAAUCCAUGCUGGCGUGACUGGUUUUUCAAAAGCGAACUGUUUUCGUGUUUACCGAAAGCUGAUCACGUGAUCAAGAGCCUAUUGAGGCUGCAAAAGCGAAGUAACCGGCGUUUUGCGACCCACCCUCUCAAAUUCUCACCCAGCAAGUAAAUCGGGCUUGAUCCUGUCCCUUUCUACUGUUUUGGUCCGAUCAUGGGCAUGUCCCAGGCCAGAACGAUUUCCCACGCCCUGUUACCAGGUCUUGAAUAAGAAUAUUGCACAAAGUAAUUCACUGUUGUAAAAGCAUUUGUCCCAUUAAAGCGAUAUGUGACUGGCAAGUUUUGGCCAAUCACAUUAGAGGUAGACAACCCAAUCAAAACCCAAAGCAAGCGCCAAGAGCGCAAAUAUUGUAAAUGAUGUUUCAUAGGGACAACGCAAUGAAGAUACUAGUGUCCAACACAAGACAGAAAAACCCUUUUUGAAUUAAACCCCUUCUCCUUCCCCGAGGUAAAAGUUUCAUGAAUUCUGCAGCGGCAUAUUGAGCCAAGGAGGGCUAAAUAUAAAAUUAAACUUAUGUUACCUUCAUUUUGGAAUAAGUUGUAUGGACUCCUUCUCUCAUCCACUGCCUGUCUCCUCUCCUCUCCCCUCCCCUCCCCUCCCUCUCCCCUUUUUGCGCCUUUACGGAGGCUAUGAAUAGUCCGAUCAGUUAAUUAAAAUUAGAUUAUUUCGAAGUUUGAAUAUAGUGUAUUGUAUCUCUGUACUUUCUUUAGGUAACAAACUAAUAUUGAUUAUAAACUUCGAUUGUAGGUAGUAAGGAAAAAACGCCCGAAAAGCCAGGUUAGACCAGUCGGGCCUGACAACCCGGAAAUGUCUCACACUCGUGGCAAAAUUCGACUCAAUUUUGGGAGAUUGAGUCUGCAGAGAACUUCAUCUAAUCCUGAUCUGAGUGGCAACACCCCUGCUAUGCAAGACAGGGUAAGUUUGUAAAGGUGCACCUUGGAAUCUUACUUAGAUACGUAUUAAUUCGAAAUGUAGCACUAGAAUUACUUUCACACACUCAAACAUUGGAAACCAUGUAAAAGGCACAAGUGUAAUAACUGGACCCAAGUGUAAUAAAGGUCCUAUCUGUAACAACAUUUGGACCCAAGCGUAAUAAAAGUCCCAUCCGUAAUAACAUUUUGAACCCAAGCGUAAUAAAGGCUCCUAUCUGUAAUAACAUUUGGACCGUCUUGAGCUUGUCUUAACCUUUGCUUAUAAUCAGCUCGACAUUUUGGAGCUCUUACGGUGAAAUUCUCACCUGACACCAUUACGACCCAAAAGAUGGCCUAUUUGCAAAAUAUUGUCACGCGCCUCUGUAUCAUUGUUCUCAGCUAGUCUUAUGGUGCUUAUCAUAAAGCGAUAUUUUGAAGCUCUAGAAGAAUAGUGAGAGACACCUCCGAAUAAAGAUAACAUAAGAAUUUUAACAUUAUAACUAGUAAUAGCCAAAGGUUACAGAGUGCGGGCGAUAACGAUCGAAGGUUUUGCUCCAGCGCUGUGCUUUGCGUACUUUUCACGUGACAGAUGAUCAAAACAUGCGUGAUAAGAUUACGAGUGAUAGAAGGCGCAAACGCACGUGAUCAAAUUUCUUUCUGUGCAUUCCAUUCAUUCUUAGUGGAAGUUCAAAUGACAGCUGACCUUUAGAUUAGGAUUGCGGGCUCCUCUUGUUGCCCGCAACGACAAAAAACGCUCUCGUAAGAGUUCAGUAAAGCAGUACUGAGCAAAUAUUUUCUUUGGUUAAUAGUUCUAAGUGACAAUGGCCUUUUCUAAGUGGCCAGUUCCGUUUUUCUAAUAGUAAAUACUUUUCUAGCCAAACUACUACGUUUAAAAUUCAGUUUGACAGCCAUGGAGAUUAAUUAAAUGGCUGAGGUUGGUUUCCGCAGGUCACGUGAUUUUACAUUCCUAACCUCUUAUUGGCCAUAACUUGUUGUUGAUAUAUUACCAGUUUGAGUACAAAGGUAACUUUUACAAAUACGGCCUUUAUUACACUUGGGUCCAAAUGUUAUUACAGAUACGACCUUUAUUACACUUAGGUCCAAUUAUUACACUUGUGCCUUCUACAAACCAGGGAGGUAAACAGGACCACAAGAAAGGACUGCAUUAUUAAUACCGUAAAAUUCCGAGAAUAAGCCCCUCCAUGUAUAAACCCCUCCAAAUAUAAGCCCCCGAACUCGUAACGCAAAAAACCCUCCGUUAAAUCGCCCCUCCAAAUAUAAGUACUUGGAAAUUGCCCUCAAAUACAAAGUGAAACAAAGAAAAACGGUAAAUUUCCUACAAAGAAUAAGGCUAGCCUAAUCUAUUUUUAAACGCAGAUUCCCCCCCAUACAUAAGCCCCUCCGAAUAUAAGCCCCCCAAAAAGGGCCUUUGAAAAAAUAUAACCCCCGGGGUUUAUUUUCGGAAUUUUACGGUAUUUAUUUUCUGUGGUUAUGCAUAAUUAGCGGAAGUCUGGUAACUAAGAACUAAGCUAUCCUUGGUGCUGGCCGAAAGAAUCGCAUUGCCUCUGCCAAUGACAUUGACUAAGGCUCGGUUCAAACCUCGAAUUUCGCUUGUGCCGAAUUUAAUGGUACAGAAAACCUAUUGUUCUCGCUCAUUUGCAUUAGGUUCAGCACAUGUACAUGUGAAAUGAGACGCUUGAACCGGCCCUUAGACUUGUUUUAUCCCCUGCUAAGUUUUAAUGAACACUGCAACAUAAAAUAAUUAUCGCUCGAUAGCUUUCCUUUUACGUAUAACACUAAUUGAUGUUCGAAGAAACCAUAUUACCGCAUUUAUUCGAUUAAACGCCCUGGGCGCUUAUUCGAAUAAAUGCGGUAAAUGAAUCUGUUUGACUUUUCGAAUUGGAUUCAAUUGUAGGCCACUUCCGAGUUCCAAAACCCUCACUUUCAAAAUGAGGCUAGGUGCACAACCUUUCUUGUGAAAAUGAGUUUUAUUUGCAUGAGAAUGAAAAAUGAUUUCCGUAUCAAAGGCUGAGCACCUACCCUCGUUUUGAAACAGAGGCCUGGGGGAACUUGGAAAUGGCCUAUUCGGAAGUUGUUUUAAUAGACCAUUUCCGAUUUGCCUCAAGCCUCGCUUUGAAACAGAGGCUUGGGUAACCUAGAAAUGGCUCUUCUUGGCUCAGGAGGAAGGAUUAGCGCAGUUGUUUAGUGCGCAGCCUUCUGUACGGGAGGUCCCGAGUUCGAUUCCCAUCUCCAGGUGUGACCUCAAAUCCUUCUUCAGUUUCGUUCUUUUCCGAGUAGCUUUAAGUAGCUUUAAAGACCCGUAAAACGGAGCACUGUUGGAGAGAAGGGGGGAGGGAAAUGAGCGCAACGUCAGCCUCAGCUUUGUUAGACACGGUAGAUGAUAAGGACUCUUUACCUUUACCUUUUUUGGUUCGCGAGCACGUGAAAAGGUGGCCAUGAUGGUAGUAAAAACACAAUUUUUUUUGAAGAGUUUACAUGAGAAUAGAGCCUCGUUUCCAGCAGAGAGAAAUGCUUUUGUUCUUGUUCACCUUGAUUAGCCUCCUUGACGUCAAGUACAAACCAGGAAUAUCAUCUUUUUCAGCAUUCCAUUACUCCCGCUGGUCAGUUACUAAUGUCGCGUCAAGACCAAGGAAAGCGGAAAUCCCCAAGACCCCCACUGAAGAAAAACGGAUGGGUGAGCCAGCGGUUUAAGCCACUUGUAGUGGAACUGCCGAGCGUCGACGUAAAACAAGAAAAGAAACGAAAUAAACCUAAACAGAAUAUAAACCUCACCUUCGAUGAUCUGCCAAAAAUACGCGAAAAGGCGAGUAUAAAAAAGCCAGUUAUUGUAUGCUAACGUAGUGAGCCGCCUAAAGUUGCUCAGGUGGAGCGCUGGUUGAUUUUGUCCUUAGGCUUCUCUCCUACUCGUCACCUAAGUAGGGGAGAACCCUGGCAACAAGGUUGAGCGCUGAUAGGCCAAGCGAGAGGUCGGGUUUAACCGUCAGCCGUCGUUCAAAGCUACCACCCUAUUGAUACCCUCUGUUAGGUAAUCCGUAUCUCGGAAUCCAGGAAACUUUUGCGUCCCGGAUCCAAAAUUUAUCUCAAGGAAUGCUGAAUCCCGCUAACGACUAGCAUCCGGAAUCCAAGGUUGUUUACCAUUUACCACAAAUUCCAGAAAAUUUCGGUUGAGAUGUAACUGGGAAACGUUUUUUUGGUUCGUCCCACUGGAAAAUUCCCGGGACAAACGGAAACUCUGAAAAGGUAGUCCCGUUUUCCCGGUUGGGACGUUCCGAAUGGAAAUUCGUUCACCAUUUACAAGUUUCUUGAGUUUCCUACUAGUUGUUGUUACUAGAAUCCAGUUUAGCGCGGCGCGACAGUCCGGAAAUUUUAGGCAAAUGGUAAACGACACGUACCGUUCUUACCGAACGAAAAUUCCCAACCAAAAUUUCCGGACUUUUUUUAUAAAUGGUAAACAACCCAAGUCUCACUGGCUAGGAAUCCAGAAUCGAAGACUGUCUUGGAUUACCGUUUUUUAAUACAUAGGGUGAAAAAACUUUCCUUUUUAUAGGUUGCCCAGGCAAGGGAAGUUCAUUUUAAACGACUUAGAGAGACUAAAAGUAAAGACAGCGAGGAACAUUGGAAAUCACUGGGUCCAAGCCACAUUGACUCGGACGUGCUUAGAAACUACUUCAGGCUCGCUUUUAAUUCCUAUACACCAUAUGUGACCAUAAAACUGGCCUGA